CAUAGAGCGUGGAGUGGACAGAUCAAAACACAGUCACACGUUGCAGUAUCCAGCUGAAAAGAUGUCUGGGGCAAAGGUUCUGCUGUUCCUGCAGAGCCUGUCACGUAGGAAACCUCUGGAGCCAGAGGGUGAAGUGUCCAACUUUCGGCGAUGCCUGACCACCCUCGACCUGGUGGCUCUCGGGGUCGGCAGCACGCUGGGGGCCGGAGUGUAUGUGCUGUCAGGAGAAGUGGCCAGAGCCGUGGCCGGGCCGAGUAUCAUAAUCUCCUUCCUGAUAGCAGCCGUGGCCUCCGUCUUUGCAGGGCUGUGUUAUGCUGAAUUUGGAGCUCGUGUUCCCAAAACUGGCUCUGCCUAUCUGUACAGCUAUGUGACUGUGGGCGAGAUAUGGGCUUUUGUCACUGGCUGGAACCUGCUGCUGUCAUAUGUCAUAGGGACGUCAAGUGUAGCCAGAGCCUGGAGUGGCACCUUUGAUGAUCUCAUUGGAAAUGCCAUUGCCAACACUCUGGGCAAACAGGCUGCCAUGGAUUUACCUGGAUUAGCUCCCUACCCAGACUUCUUUGCAGCUGGCCUCAUAAUGUUGUUGGCAGGGAUUCUUGCAUUUGGUGUUAAAGAGUCGGCCAUUGUAAAUAAGAUUUUUACAGCAGUUAACAUCCUUGUGUUGCUGUUUGUUAUCCUCUCUGGCUUUAUUAAGGGAGACAUCAACAACUGGUACAUCAGUGAGGACACUCUUCUAAAUGGAAAUGAAAGCUAUACGUUUUUGAAUGAAAGCAGCACAUAUGGCAAAGGGGGAUUUUUUCCUUUUGGCUUUGAAGGAACUUUAGCAGGAGCAGCCACUUGCUUUUAUGCGUUUGUUGGAUUUGACUGCAUUGCCACAACAGGAGAGGAAGUUCAGAACCCUCAGAAGUCGAUUCCACUCGGGAUUGUGGCGUCCCUCCUCAUCUGCUUCCUUGCUUAUUUUGGGGUUUCUGCUGCCCUGACUCUUAUGAUGCCGUACUAUUUACUCAGUGUUCACAGCCCACUGCCUGUGGCCUUUACAUACAUUGGUUGGGGCCCUGCAAAGUACGCAGUGGCUGUGGGAUCCCUCUGUGCACUGUCAACAAGCCUCCUCGGAUCAAUGUUCCCGAUGCCUCGUGUUCUCUUUGCCAUGGCCAGAGAUGGACUGCUCUUCAGACUUCUCAGUAAAAUGAGUGACAGACAGAGUCCUGUCAUAGCUACACUGGUUUCAGGAAUUGUAGCAGCUAUCAUGGCAUUACUGUUUGACCUGAAGGCGCUGGUUGACAUGAUGUCAAUUGGAACCCUGUUUGCCUACACACUUGUCGCCAUUUGUAUCCUCAUAUUAAGGUACCAAGCUGACCUCAGUGAAGAUUCAAGUUUAAACAAAGCAGAACCUUUUACGAUUGGUGGAGUGUUAUGUCCUCCUUCUCAAGCCACCACACGGACAUCCAAAAAUGUGUCUGUUUUAACUGUUUUUAUUAUCUUUCUAGCUGUCAUCCUAAGUGUAUUCAUAUCUGGAGCUGUGGACGCCCUGCAGGCCCUUCAGUGGUGGAGUUUACUUUGUGUCUCUGUCAUUAUAUUGAUACUGAUCCUUACUGUUCUGAUCAUCUGGAGACAACCACAGAGUACAAGCAAAGCUGCUUUCAUGGUUCCUUUUGUGCCUUUGCUUCCUAUUUUUAGCACCUUCGUCAAUGUUUAUCUUAUGGUUCAACUUGGAUCAGACACCUGGAUCCGUUAUGCAGUGUGGAUGGCAGUAGGUUUAUUCAUCUACUUUUGUUAUGGUGUUCAGCACAGUGUGCAGAGACAAAGGCUUCAAAAUUCACACAAUCGAGUCAGUAUCCACAGCAUCACCACCACUAUGGAGCAGAACAUUGAACCUGGGCAGGAUUUUAAUGGAUAAAUGUUAUGACGUAAUUUUUUUGUUUGAUAUAGAUCUUUUAAUUUCAAUAAAGAUGUGGCUGAUUUGCAUAAGUUUCAUUGAAGUAUUUGUUUCAGGAAUUCACAAAUCUACAAAGACAACAUAGCCACAACCUGUGACCUCUAUUUUUAUUAUUUUUUUCUUAGAAUUCAAAUGUCUGAGAAAAUGUUUUACUGUUUAAUCUUCUACAGCUCAAAUAUUGUAGUGAAUCAUACUUUUAUGAAUAAACUAUGUUGACAUCAUUCCUCCAUAAUAUGUCAUAUUUUGCAUUCAAGUUACUGUUUUUUUUUUAAGAUGUUGAUACUUCUCAGGCCAGUGUGUGUAAUGUUAAGUGGUUUUUGCCACUUUUGAAUUACAUCUUAUUCUUAUUGGGCCUAAUCAGGUCUGAUUGCCAAAUGACAACAUUUUACUCAUACGUAAAUGCUGUAUAUAGAUACUGGUUAUAUAGAUAAAAUUAUUUUGUAAUGAAUAUAGCACAGCUGCUCAAAGAAAAUAUGGUAGUUUCCUGCAUUUCCUUUGUAGACAACAGUCAUAUUACCCAUGUGGUUUAGCUAUAUAAUAUGUUGCAUUGUCAAUUGCAGGGAUUUGCUUUGUUUUCCACUGAACCUAACUCCCAAUGUAGCCCUGUAUCUUGUGUAAUUAAGGAAUGUUUAAUGUACUUGUAUCCCUUUCUAUUAUCAUGUAAGAUGUGACAUGUAUUUGUAACAUGCAUGUGAAAUAAAAACGAUAUUUUACGUUUUUUUUAA